AGAAAGUGACCAGUACUGAACUGCUUUACUACAAACUGCAUGUUGAAAAUUAUAUAUAAAUGUUUCUGAACAUAAUCUUAAAUCAAUAUCUGCAUAAAUAAUACCUUUUUUUCUUUUUUCUUUUUUUUUUUUUUUUUUGCUUGAAACAUAUUUAGCUGUAGUCUGACUCUUUUCCAGAUGAGGGUCUGCAGAGUUUUGUGGACGAGCAUGAUGCUAAGGCAGUGGAGUUUUGCUGUGCUCUUACUAAGCAUCCCUCUACCUGUCCAAGGGCAACCUAUACAUGCUCUCAGCAACAGAAUGAGACGCUCAGUGAGUCAAGCCCAACUUAUGCAUGACAGAGGGCGCUAUCUGCAGGACAGGAAGAGACGGCUCUGGCUGCAGGAGCUUUUUGAACAGGUUCACACUGCCAAUGUGUGGGAUGCUCCGUCCAGCAGUGGAGCCAACCUCCAGCAUGUAACCUGGGGUGCCCAAGCUCCCAAAACUGACAGCAGCACCAAAGACUUUCUUUUGGACUUUCAGUUAGAGAGCACAGGCACAAUCAACAUCCUGCCACAGGAGACCAACAAAGAGCAGUCAGCUGCCACUAAGAGAAAGAAGAGAGUAUGCUUGGGGAAGUGGAGAGAGAGCAAUAAACGAAGAGGAUGGCCAUGCUCAAUACAAGCCCAAGUAGCAUUAAGUGCUCACUAAGCAGGGCAACUGGCAGUAAGUGAGGAGAAGACUGUGAAACAAGAGGCAACGAUGGCAUCAAACACUCUGGACCAUG